AUGCUUGACUACGUCGUCGUCGGUGCCGGGCCAUCCGGGCUGUGCGCAGCAAAGACCAUCCUCGAAUGCGAGCCGGGCGCCAACGUGAAGAUCCUCGAUGCUAACAAGACUCUCGGCGGCGUCUGGGCCCUGGAGAACCUCUACCCGGGCCUGAAAACCAACAACCUGCGCGGUGGAAUCGACUUUUCCGACUUUCCCAUGCACGAUGGGUUCGGUGUCGCCGCAGGCCAGCAUGUUACCGGCGAGGCCAUGCACGCGUACCUCAGGGCGUAUGCUGAGCGCUCCAAUCUCGUCAGACUGAUUGACUUUGAGACCCAUGUCCAGGAGAUCGGGCAGCUUCCGAAUGGCCAGGGCUGGAGGCUGAAGGUCCGCUGUGCCAGACCAUCUGCGUCUGUGUCUGCGUCCAUUAACCAGAACACCAGCAACGAACAUGAAAUCCAGACCAAGAAACUGAUCAUUGCAACCGGCAUCACCAAUCGGCCUCAUCGGCCUUUUCUCAUCGGCGCAGCCGUGUUCGGAGGGCCCAUCAUCCACUCGGCCGAGCUGGGUGUGAAGGGCGCGGCGUUGAUGGACGACCCUGAAAUCGAGACCGUCACCGUCCUGGGAGGAGGCAAAUCUGCCUUCGACGCCGUCCAUCUGGCCGGCCGCACGGGACAUCGCGUCGAAUGGAUCAUGAGGAAGUCAGGCAAAGGGCCGGAAUGGAUUUUCCCCAGCCACACAACCAUCGGCCCGGUGUCGGUCGUGCGCGAGCGACUGGCCACCCGACGCAUCUUGACUUGCUUCAGCCCGUGUCUGUGGAAGGAUGGUUUGGGCUGGAUCCGACACUGGCUGCAUGGCACUGCGGCCGGGAAAUGGCUCAGGCGCAAGUUCUGGGCCAACUUGCACGCGAAGACGCUGGACCAGUGCGGCAUGUUGAAGGAUGCGAGGACGAGAGUGUUGGAGCCCGAGACCAGUCCUUUCUGGUACGGCACCGCGUCCGGCAUCUACAGCUACGAGCCGGACCUCUACGCGAUGGUCAAGACGGGCCAGGUGCGCGUGCACCGCGAGGACAUCUCGUACCUGGCCAAGAACAACAUCACGCUGGGCAGCGGCCAGUCCUUGCCAACCGACGCCCUCAUCACCGCAACCGGCUUCUCGACCCAGCCGACGCUGCAGUUCACCCCGUCGAGCAUCCACUCCGACCUGGGCAUCCCGUCGGCCUCGCUCAGCCCACAGCAGUAUGAGUUCUGGGCCCGGCUCGACGCCGAGGCCGAUCUGACCAUCGCCUCCAAGUUCCCCAGUCUCCUCGUCGGGCCUGUCAUCUCGCCGGGCAGCUAUCGAGCGACGGCCACGCAGCACUACAGCCGGGCCAUGUUCUUCGACACGGACAGAAAUAAAUACACUCCGUUCCGACUGUACCGGGGCAUCGCGCCGCCGGGGCUCACCGCUCAGGGAGACCACUCGGUGGUGUUUAUCGGCAUGUUCUCCAACCUGGCCAAUACGCCGCGCUGCGAGCUACAGUGUCUAUGGGGGUAUGCCUACUUGAACGGCAAAUUGCACCACAUCUACAGCGACAGCGACAGAGAUACCGACACCAACAUUCACAGCGAUGCUGACACCAACACCAUCACUAACACCGACAACACCAACACCAUCAUCAACUCCAACUCCAACUCCAACACUACCGUCAUCGACCCUGUUGCCAUCUAUCGAGACACUGCCCUGAUGAGCCGCUAUGCCAAGCACCGCGCCCCCUACGGCCACGGCAGCCAUUUCCCCGACUUGGUGUUCGAUCAACUGCCUUACUUCGACUUGUUGCUGCAGGAUCUCAAGCUCAAGUACUGGCGCAAACAUAACCUGGUGGCUGAACUAUUCGCGUCGUACGUCAGCACCGAUUACGCGGGUGUUGUUCAAGAAUGGAUCAAAGACAAUGGGAGCAGCCAUAACGCAACAGAGCCGCCAUCGCAGAAUAACGAGGACUUAUCCACUUCGGAAGAAAGUCAACCACUGCUCCAGCCACUGCUCUAG